ACCAACCCAUAGAAAAUGUUGAAACCAAACCGAAACAUGUCAAUUUCAGAAAGCAAAUCCCAAUGAUAUAACAAUAACAUUUGGCGGGUGGGCGGCUAUAGAGUUUGAGAUGAGAUGGAAAAGGGGGUGCAGAGAUGGCUAGUCAACAUAUCAAAAUGGAAUCCAACUCAAACUGAUUUCUCAACUGCCAUCUCUCUUUUACCUUCACAUGAGCACUCUUGUAUCACCAGGUUUGUAAAGAUUGAAGACAGAAAAAGGGCACUUGUUAGUAGGCUGUUGCAGUAUGCACUUGUACAUCAACUUAUUGGGAUUCCUUUUCAUGAAAUUCUCAUUGAUCGUACUCCUCAUGGCAAGCCUUACCUGGAAAACCAUGAAAAGAAUGUGGAAUUCCCAAAUUUCAACUUUAAUGUGUCGCACCAUGGUGACUAUGUGGCGAUAGCUUCUGAACCAAUUUGCAUUGUGGGUUUGGACAUAGUUUCUUGCUUCCUUCCUGGGAAAGAAACGGUUUCAGAGUUCAUUCGCAAUUUCUCAUCUUACUUUUCAAAUUCUGAAUGGGAAGAUAUUGUCAACGCUGGUUCUGAUGACAAUAUCCUGGAUGUGUUUUUCAGGUAUUGGUGUUUGAAGGAAGCAUUCGUAAAGGCUUUGGGGGUGGGAGUUGGAUACAAGUUAGAUUAUGUAGAGUUCCAUCACAAAGACUGGACCAACAUAUAUGUCAAAGUAGAUGGAGAUACAUUGAAGGACUGGAAUUUCUGGCUUUUUGAACUUCAAGGAAGACAUCGGGUGGCAGUUGCUAGAGGUCACCCAAAAAUGGCCAAUGAAAGUUACAAGAGAACACUCAAACAGACUCACUUUGACAACGAUCUUUACAAACUAGGUUUUCAUCUAGCAAAUCCAAGUUUUGUUACAAGAACUGUCGAAGAAGUUUGUUCACUUCUCCCUAGGACUGAGUUGAAUGCUCAAACUCAUACUUGACUUUGUUGAACCUCAGUGAGUUUUCUUUUUGCCCGAAUCUAAUAUGGAACAGCCUCAAAAGAUUGUGGAGAUGGCAUACCGCAUUUUCCCUAAUCAAACUUCAUUCAUUAAUUCUACUUUCUUUGUUACGAAUAAAAACAUUAAGAGACUACGACAGUUAUGCGAGGGUAUGGGUAUCUAUUCUGAUGGUAAACCUUUUUUAGUUCAUCAAGAGCCGGAAUAUAACAAUCUUGGUAGGGGUAUGCGUAGUUUGGUUCAUGAAGAUUAUGAUAAGAUAGUGGUUGAGGCAAUCACUUUUUUAAAGGGUAUGUAUGGUAGAGUUAUAAUCUUAAUUAACGUUGUAAACUUGUGUAUAUUUCUGUUCUAAUGUACUCAUCUCCCAUACAUUUUCAAUGUUGGUCUUUGAAAAUAUUUAAUUUAGCUAUAAAACAACGGUUGUAUAUAA